AUGCCUUUGGGACUGCGAGCAGUGGCCUUGAGUAGAACAUUCACCACCCGCGCCGUGGAUGGGUUCACUGGUGCUGUAGGAAAUACGCCUCUCAUCCGCUUAAAGAAACUCUCGGAGAGGACGGGAUGCAAUAUCAUCGGAAAAGCGGAAUUCCAGAACCCAGGAGGUAGUGUCAAAGACCGUGCUGCCCUAGGUGUGGUACGGGAUGCGGAGGAGCGGGGACUCCUAAAGCCAGGAGGAACCGUUGUAGAGGGCACGGCGGGCAAUACUGGUAUUGGCCUUGCCCAUGUCUGCAGAGCUCGAGGAUACAAGUGUGUGAUAUUCAUGCCCAAUACCCAGAGUCAAGAAAAGAUUGACCUUCUGCGUAUGCUUGGCGCAGAAGUAUAUCCCGUACCUGCGGUCGCAUACGAGAAUCCGCAGAACUACAACCACCAGGCGCGCGACUUCGCAAGGGGCAUCCCAAACGCUAUAUGGACAGACCAAUUUGACAACACCGCGAAUGCGAACGCGCAUUACGUCUCAACUGGCCCAGAGAUAUGGGAGCAGACGAAUGGAGAGGUUGAUGGUUUCAUCUGCGCGACGGGCACAGGUGGAACCCUGGCAGGGACGGGUAGGUAUCUAAAAGAGAAAAGCAAUGGAAGAACACAAAUCUGGUUGGCGGAUCCUCCUGGCAGUGUGCUCUACAGUUAUGUGAGCAGCGGAGGAAAAUUGAAUGAGAGAAGCGGAGGAUCCAUCACGGAGGGAAUCGGACAAGGCCGCAUAACGAACAACCUGGGCACUUUCGUGAAGGAUAUAGACGGCGCGUUCAGUAUUCCAGACGUGGAAUCCGUCGAGAUGGUGUACGAGCUGCUCGACAGUGAGGGCCUGUACCUGGGAGCAAGUUCGGCCCUUAAUGUUGUUGCUGCUGUCAAGCUGGCACAGAAACUAGGGCCAGGUAAAACCAUCGCUACAAUUCUUUGUGACGGGGCAUACCGUUAUCAGAGCCGAUUAUUCUCAAAAGCCUGGCUGAAGGCGAAGGGAUUAGAGGACGCAAUUCCCCUGCAUCUGAAGAAAUAUGCAGUAUUAGACUGA